UAAACUGAAACAGGCUGUUUUACAGCUGAUCAAACGUUUAGGACCACUUGCCUUUAAAAGGCCAAAUCUGUGCAAAAAUGGGGAUUCAUUGUCCUUUUCUGUCAGGCAGUCACACUGUCAUGACGCUCUGAUGGCUAAGGAAAAAAAACGUUCCCUUUUUAAACGUGGUCGGGUUGUUGAACUGCAUAAGCAGGGUCUCUCACAGCACGCCAUCGCUGCUGAGGUGGGAUGCAGUAAGACUUUCAUUUCUUAAAUGAUCCUGAGGGUUAUGAAACAAAAACUCAAGUGGAAGACCCAAAAAAAGUCACCAGCACUGAGCCGGAGGAUCCAACUGGCUGUCCGUCAAGACACUGGACGAUCCUCGACCCACAUUAAGGCUGUUACUGGCGCCGACUGCAGCCCCAUAACAAUCAGACUGAGACUGAAGGGCUUCAAAAACAAAAAAAAACGUCUUUAAAGGCCUCGUCUCCUUGAACGCCACCAGAGAACGCCAACGAGAGCACCAAGCAUGGGACACUGAAAGGUGGAAGAAAGUUUAAGUGGUCUUAAACUUUUGAUCAGGACUGUAGUACCACAUGAAAUACAGUCCUGAUCAUGAUCAUGUCUGUUUUUCAUAUCAACAAUGGACAACAACAGUUACUUCAAGGCAUUUAAUAAUGUAAAGUAACCCCUUACAAAAUUAGAGAUGGGAAACAGUGGGAAAGAAGAACUCCCUUUUUACAGGAAGAAUCCUCCAGCAGAAGCUCAGGGAGGGAUACAUAACGUUACAACAUCAGGACAAAAUUCAGUUUCAAAUGAGGUAAAUUAAUAGUUGUUGGUUUAAUGUACAGUUUUUAUGAAAAUUUAUUUUCCCCUUCUUUCACAAGCUGCUGCCAGCAGUUACAGAUUUCUUUAGAUGGUCAGUUUUAUUAAUGCAUGUACUGCACAUACACGACCUCUGAGUAGUUUUAUAGCCAUUUAGCAGCAGAGCUGUAAAUAACGAUGUAAUUUUGCUACUUGCUGUUACUUAGUAUUGAUAUUUCCUCACAGCAGAAGCUUUCCACUUAGUGUUAUAGCACAUUUCACACACCUACUACUCUCUAUCAAAAUCUAGUCAAAGUGCUAAAACCACAGUUAUGUAUCAGCAGAUAAUGAUCAUUUUACCAAACACAGACAUUUUGCUGUUACUUUUAUUGCUGUGCAUAUUAAUGUGCUUAGCUCUCAUAUUCUGGAUCGUACUAGAUAAUGUGCAAAUCGAUCUGAGAAGUUUGUGUUUUCAAUUGAUAAGAAGAGUUUAUCUUACUACUUCUGCUGCAUAACAGGAAAGAAAGACAUAAGUUAGCACUGGAUAUUAGCCAAAGAAAAACAUCAUCUUUAAUAUCAGUGUAGCAGCAUCAAGCUGUUUGUGUGUUUGCACAGAACAGUGAAUGUUCGCCUGAGGAGUGAGUGCAAAUCAGUUUGUCAUUUGUGAAUUUUGUCUACAGUUUCUUCAGCUUUUCAUUUUCUAAAACUGAAUUUCUCUUUCUGUGCGAGCUCCUGCGUUCUGCUCUCGUCAUUAGUUGUGAAAUGCUCGAGUGUUGCAACUUCAUCAAAGGGAGUAAUGCAGAAGUGACAUGUCACUCAGUGUCACGCCUAUUGGAACAAUAUGUGUACGGUAAAAACCCUACAAUAAUAGAGAGUGACUACAUGCACUCUGAGAUGCUAAUCUUUCACAACCCCAACAGGAGGAUUCGAGAGAAGUCUGAUCAAAGCUGGUGAGGCUGAACGACACGGGCUAAUCAACAGGACAGAAAACUGAAUUUACACUAAUCCAGUUCCUAGAGCAGGUCCCAUGUAUUUUCAAAAAACAAAUGUGGCACAAAAGUGCCAAAAAGCACAAAAUAUCUAAGGACAAAAUUGGAGUCACUGGGCGGGGCUACCACAGGAAAUUCACCACUGAUUGGCAGAUGCAGUUACUAUGUAACAAUUGGCUCUCAGACCUGUCAAAAUGUGGGCUAGUUCUGAAGACACACUGGCACCGUGUUGUUGGAAAUGAGAUAUAUGUGAGUGACUGUAGUCGGUCAGAAACAAAUAUUUUCUGUCUUCAGGUUGUUUGUAACAGAAAUGCGCUCUCUCACUUUGAGAUAUUUAUGGGGAUAAAGUUGCAUUAAAGCCCAGUCCAGACUGCUUGAUGGCCCCGACAGAGGUUUAUAAUAAUAAUAAUGAUAAUGAACUUUAUUUAUGAAGCACAUUUAAAACCAAGGGUAUGCCAAGGUGCUUAACAAGUAACAUAGAGAAUAAAAGGAAGAUAAUAGAAAUGGGACCAAAGCAAGUACUAGGUAUGCAAGAAAAUAGCUGUCACUGAUACAUAGGAAAGCAGCAGAUACAGAGCAAACAAGGAAUUAAAUGAGCAUAAAAGUGCAUCAUAUAAAAUCAUAACAGAAAUGUUAACUAGAGGGAAAGGCAAGAUUGAAUAAGUGGGUUUUUAGUCGUGAUUUAAACAGUGCAAUAGAAUCAGAGGCGCGGAUAUCAAGAGGAUGGGUAUUCCACAGUACCGGGGCAGAGAGAGCAAACGCACGGUCACCCCGGGACUUCAGCCGAGAUCUGGGCUGGGUCAGAAAUAGUUGAGUGGCAGAUCUGAGUGUUCUAGCAGGAGUAUGUGGCCUGAGAAGUUCACUAAGAUAACUCAGCGCUAAUCUAUUAAUAGUUUUGAAUGUAAGGAGUAAUAUUUUAAAUUGAGUACGGUACUUUAUGGGUAGCCAGUGCAAGCCAGCUACAAUAGAGCAAAAUUUCCUGGUACCAGUCAAGAGGCGGGCUGCUGCAUUUUGGACUGUUUGCAGUCUAAGAAGAAGAGAAGAGGGACGACCGUAGUGCAAGGAGUUACAAUAAUCCAACCUGGAGGUCACAAAAGCGUGAAUAAGCUUCUCCAGGUCCUCGUGCGGAACAUAAUGCCUAGCCUUAGAGAUAAGGCGCAGUUGGUGGAAGCUAGAUCUCACUACAGCAGACACUUGCUUAUCGAGUUUGAGCGAGCUAUCCAGCAGUACACCCAAGUUACUGACAUAGUCACAGGAAGAGCUAGCAAAGGGACCCAGGGCAGCACAGAGUUGGACACAAGGGAUUUUACUGUUGAACACCACAGUCUCAGUCUUCUUAUCGUUUAAAACGAGGGAAUUACUCAGGAACCAUUCUUUGACCUCCCACAUGCAUUCUUGAAAGUAGUGCAUGGACACAGCAAGGUCGUCAGUAAGUUCAAAAUAGAUCUGUAUGUCGUCGGCGUAACAGUGGAAGGCGAUAUUGUAUUUUUCAAAGAUUGCGCCUAGAGGGAGCAAAUACAACGAGAAGAGAAUAGGGCCUAAAACUGAUCCUUGAGGUACACCGCAGCAGACCAGAGCGGAGGAAGUGGAGAAGGUGCCUAAGUUAACUGAUAAGGAUCUAUCAGCGAGGUAUGAUUUAAACCAGUCGAGGGCAGUGCCUCUAAUACCCACAGUGUGCUCAAGUCUUAAUAAUAAGAUGUUAUGGUCCAGCUCAUCAAAAGCCAAAGAGAGGUCCAAUAAAACUAGGAUCAUAGAGCGUCCAGUAUCAGUAAUUACAAGAAUAUCAUUAAGAACUCUAACCAACGCUGUUUCAGUGCUAUGCAAUGGCUUAAAAGCAGAUUGAAAUUUCUCAGCAAUAUUGUUCGUGCCCAAGUACGCCUGGAGCUGGGAGAGAACUAGUCUCUCCAGGAUGUUGGGCAAGAACGAAAGCUUAGAGAUCGGUCUGUAAUUUAAAAGGUCAUAACAGUCAGAGUUUCUUUUUCUAAGAAUCAGGUGGACUACAGCAUGCUUAAAGGCCAAAGGAACACAGCCUGAGAGCAAGGAAAGGUUCAUAAGAAAUAGGAUACUAGGUCCAAUUACAUCACAACAGUCCUUAGCUAUGCGAGAUGGAAGCAUGUCAAGCACAGUAUUGGUGUUAUUCAUUUGAUUAACUAGCCGCUUAAGAGACAAAAGUGAUGUCAAUAUAGCUUCAGAAACUCUUGUAUAAAUUAUUGUACGAACCACACGUUAUCUCAGUAGCAGAUAAGGUGAGCAGCAGCCAUCUUGGUUAUUUACAAAAGAUCCACAGCAGGGCUCCUCAGUGUAUUUCCAUCAAACCUGCCCUGUAUUAGAUGAAUGUUUGUGAUUGGCCUGACACAAACAGGGCUGUGUGGAAAUGUGCAGACGGAUGCCUUCUGCACGAGCUAAAGAAACAUGAGCUCUCUUAUUCAUUUGGUUCCCAGGCUAUAUUUAUUAUCCCCCCCCCCCACCUUUUUUUUUUUAAAUAAACAGUAUAAGAUAUUGUUUUUGGUUGUGUGCGAAUUUUUGUACGGAAAUAAGUUUCCUGCCUAAAGAAAAAUUGUGUUUGGUUUCUCAGAUUGGCUCAAGUUCAGCUCACCAAAAGCCGGAAGCGAUUUAAUAAGGCACACACUAAAUGGGAGUGGUGAGUGACUGGAUCUGUUAUGGCAGUGCCAUUUAGAAGAAACCUCUCCUCGCUGCAGCCGUGUUGGUAAUAUCAGAUAGAAAAAUAAAUAAAUAAAAGCUCCUUAAAUGCAUGGUGACUUUUCUUUCCCCUGAAAGUUUUACUUCUAUCUUUGCUGUUGUGAAAUCCUCCUGUAAAUUCAGGCUGCCAUGUCUGCUCCUUAUGUCUCUUUUAAGCCUUUUGUGGAUCCGGAUGUUCUCUUUAUUGAGGAAUCCACAAACAAAGCUGAGCAACCUGUUUAUUUAAAAAGGCCCAUGCUGUGUGUGAAAUGUGUGCAACUUUGUCUUUGUGUCUCUUGCUAAAUGUUCGUGAUUGUUAUUUAAACACUCCCUCUCCUCUUCCUCUGUUCACCACAGGGCAGACAGAUAGACAACCACACACUUUCACAACUUACUUAAAGACUAAUUUAUUAUUUUGUUUUGUUUUUUUCAUUUCCAAUAGCCAGUUUCCUGGGAAAAUAUUAUAUUUUCAACUGUGAAUCACCAGAUUUGUUGUAUUUCUGUUCUGUGUACCAACACUGUUUGUUAUUCAUUUGUUACUCCUCUGUUCUGUUUUCUUGUCUCCCAUCUCUAAUCUGUUGCUCUAACAUUUUUGUUCACCGCAUCUUUCAUUUCUCUCAAACACACACGUAUCUAUCCUUUCCAUUCCAGGUUAUUGGCUGUACUUGUCCUGCUGAUUUAACUAUAGUAAAACUCUGUUAUCUGUAAAUCUGGUGGGAUUUUGUCUUUCACUGCAUGUUGAAAAGGGGAUUUUAAAGGUUGACAUCUCAAUAUAAGCUGGACAUGUCUGACAGCCUGGUCGUACUUCUUUUCCUCAAAUUUGACUGAGAGGCAGGCUGGAUCACUUUGAGCGGCAGGAGAAGGAGAAGGGGAGGCAUCAAGCCAGUGAGAGAGUGGUGACCUUCUGUCACAGAGCUGAGGCCCGAUAAUCUCACAUCAAAGUCUCAGCUCAGACUUGACUGCAAUGGGCCCUAACUCCCUGAGUCUGUAUAAAAGAAACAUCUUCAAUUAGAAGACAUAGCGCUUUCUUUUCAGAUGAAACUUUUGAAAUGGAGCUAGUGCACCGAGCCAGUCGAGACAUAGUCGUCUAAGCUCAUUACAGCCACCUGGGGAGUUGGAGCUUUGGGCAAAAUUAAGUUUAUUCAGAUAUACCCUGGUGUAUGUGGAUAAACUUUUAUCUUGAUGACACAUAAAAGUUUGUGCAACCAUAAACUUCCUUUUUGAGUCUGCCCAUGCUUCAGACACAGCAGGAUAAGAUUGCAUCAGAACUGGCCAUAAAGAAAAAAAACACAAAAAACAGGUUUUGCAGGCUUUAGCUGACAUCAGUGACCUUUAAAUGCUUGCUUUUUGCCAGUGCAGGAAGCGUUCGGGUCAUUUAAAGCACUGUAACGCAUUGCAAGUGAGGCAGUGCAUUGAAAGUAUUCUGCAAAGUCAUAAUACUCUGCGUGAAUAGCAGCUCCUAUACAUAUUCUGUAUUUAUUGGAUUCAUAUUUAAGAUUAUUUUCAAAUUGUUAUUGAACUAUCUGCCAUAUUUUAGACUCUUAUUACAUUUCCUAAAUAAAUGUGGUGUAAAAACACUCUAUGUGUCUGUGUUUACUGACUUUCCAGUGGGUUAGAUAUGAAGCUGUAGUUUUUAAUAGGGCAGUUUUUACAGGGCAGGCAAAGAAAGACAUUUUUUAAAUUUGUAAAUAUAAGAGGAUUGUAAGAGUAAGAUUAGGCUGAUUGUUAGUGCCAUCGAUUUUGCGUUUAGGACAGGAAGAGAAAUGGGUAAAAUCUGAAACCCAAUACGAUCGAACCCCGAUUAAUCAAUUAGCAUGCUGUGCAUUUUACAAUUGAAACAGAGCUGUAGCCAUUGGGACAGGCUCGCUGUCACUCCAGAGAACCACCAGAAAAUGCUUUAAUUGUAUUUGCAGCUCGGGGACUGGCCCGCCUUUGGCGAUCGCUGGUUGGCUCCUUUCAAGAGCGCUUCCAUUUGCCGUUCUCCUAUUGGCUGAGAGAGCUUUCUGUUUUGGUAGCCUGCCAGAUGCCGUCUGCGAGGGGAGGGAGCCGUCUGCCUUCCGCUUUGGGCAGAAGGAUAGACACACAAUGAGUAGACGAGGCUGGGUAGAAGCUCCACUAACGCCGCUGUAAAUAUAUCCAUCAUUCACUGAGGCCAGAGAAACAUGGAGAACCAGUGCACUGUGCAGGUAAAACUAGAGUUGGGCCACCGAGCUCAGCUAAGGAAGAAGGUGACAUCAGAAGGCUUCACCCACGACUGGAUGGUGUUUGUCCGAGGCCCAGAGACUGGUGACAUCCAGCACUUUGUAGAGAAGGUUGUCUUCCGCCUGCACGAGAGCUUCCCCAAACCCAAGAGAGUAUGCAAGGAGCCUCCGUACAAAGUGGAGGAGUCGGGCUACGCAGGUUUCCUCAUGCCUAUUGAGGUUUACUUCAAGAACAAGGAGGAGCCCAAAAAAGUGUGUUUCAACUACGACCUUUUCCUUAACUUGGAGGGCAACCCACCAGUCAACCACCUGCGCUGUGAGAAGCUCACCUUCAACAACCCCACCAAAGAAUUCAGGAGAAAGCUGAUCAAAGCUGGAGGGGUGUUGGUGGUCCCUGAGGGGGCGGAGGCCAUGUCAAGGCCAAGCCCAGACUACCCCAUGCUCCCCACCAUCCCCCUCUCUGCCUUCUCAGACCCCAAGAAGACCAAGACCUCUCACGUGUCAAAGGAACCCAGCAAAGAAGGAAGUGGAGGCAGCAGCAAAGGACCCAAACCACACAAGUUAACCAAGGAGCACCGAGAGCGGCCACGCAAGGACUCUGAGAGCAAAGCCGCUUCAAAAGGAGACAACGAUAGAGACGGAAGCAGCAAGCCUGGCCGCGAUCCUUCCUCUUCCUCUUCUUCAAAAAAGCCGUCAGACAUCAAAGUGAAAGAUGAAGUAAAGGUCCUCCCCAAGGCGGCCUUCAAGGAGCCUAAAAUCACACUGAAGGACUCAAAGAUGGAGGGAAUGUCUCCGAAAGGAGGGGGGGCCGGUAGCGGCGGAGGAGGCGGGGGAGGAGGUGGCGGAGGGCCGCCGGAGCCCAAAGCACCGGGGAAACGACCGUCCACGGUGGAGUCUCCCAAACCGAGCGCUAAGAAGCAGAAGAAGGCCAGCUCCGAGGGGCCGAAGGGGCCCACCGGCAGCGGGGCCUUCACAGGAACCUCCCCCCGUGUAUCGUCCUCGUCCGCAGCAAACCAGUCGUACGCUGAGAAGAAGCCUCCGAAGGAGAAGGGUCGCUGGUUCCCAAGCAAAAACGACACGCAGGAACUGAAAGAGGCCAAGAAACUACAAGACUCAGAAGAGUCGAAUUCAGAGGAUGAAGCAUCGUCAAAAUCAGAGCCGUCGGUUCCCUCCAGUCCUUCCACUCAAAGCUCCAGUUCAGAUUCCAGUUCAGACUCUGACUUUGAGCCGGGACAGAAACAAGGACAAGGCCCCCUGCGAUCCAUGGUGGAGGAGAUCCAGUCUGAAGAGUCCGAUGAUGAUGACUCCACCUCAGAGGAAGAAACGCCCAUCAAAACCAACCCGCCUAACCGCGACUCUCGACUCAGCCUGGACAGCGAGAGCGACAGCAGCGACGGCUCCCACCGCCCCAGUCGAGACCCCGCCCCGCCCCCACAGAAACACAGCUCCUCCAAUAACAAAGUGUCUGUCCGAAAAAGCCCAGAUUCCUCGUUUCGCUCGGAGAAGGUGAUGAAGAAGGGAUACGACAAGGUAGGAAGGGCCUACACAGAAGAACUGGUGGACCUCCACCGCAGACUGAUGGCAUUAAGGGAGCGUAACGUCCUGCAGCAGAUCGUCAACCUGAUCGAGGAGACGGGCCAUUUCAAUGUGACCAACACCACCUUUGACUUUGACCUCUUUUCACUGGACGAGUCCACCGUCCGCAAACUACAGAGCUACCUGGAGGCGACCACGUGACAGGAAGUGGAAGCCGGCCCGCGGAUGGCGGAGGCGGCCUCGCCGCUGCGUCUGCUCUUUCGAGAGGAGACGGGUAGCCGGAUCUGUCGCAGCUCUUUCGUGGGACUGACUGAACCUUCGAACAAGCACACACGAAGACACAACUCCACCACCUACGCUCGACGCCGGGGAGAGAACUGGAGGAGGAGCAGCGGGAGGCGUGGAAGGAGACGCCGGAGCGGCAGAACUCCGUCUGCAGUCAGGAUUUUCACUACCCAUCUCUCGUCUCGAGUCCGUGCAGUGGUGUGGAAUUCACCCCACAACCCCUCCUCCACCCUCCUGCACCCUCAUUGCUCCCGCCUCUGCAAACCUAAUACUUCCCCCUCCUCCUCUUCCUCCUCUACAUGCACACUCCUUACUCGGCAGAACACUCCGAUUCUUCCCCCCCACCCCCGUUGUCAGCUGGAGCUCAUUUCUCUCUCGACAUACUCUUGAGGUGUGUGUGUGUGUGUGUGUGUGUGUGUGUGUGUGUGUGUGUGUGUGUGUGUGUGUGUGUGUGUGUGUGU